AUGAGCAGCUUCGCCUGUCUUCAAAGUUCCCGACGGGCUCUCUACCGAGUCUUUAUUGAGCGCGAAGCUCUCACACGACAGUUUCUACCAACCACACAACGAACACUACCCGUCUACCAGAAUCGCCUAUUCUCUGCGUCGCCAGUACAAUUCAAGGGGAAAGUUCGUCGAGGAAAAGGUGUCCUGGAUGAUCUCGAGACGGAAGCCAACGAAGAAGAAAAUCGAGGUUUUGAUCGACGCUACACUACCCAGGACGAUUUCAUCAAAUCCGGCCGCGAUCGUCUUCCUAUAGACCAUGAGAUCAAGGACCCCAAGAUCAUGGUGGUCGACGAUGGUGUCUUCGACGGACCUCUUCCUACACGAAACGUGAUGAACCGCAUCGAUCAAAGUACCCAUUCCCUCCGCAUGGUUACUCCCUACAUCCCCGGCGAUCCCAAAAACAACAAGCCGACUCAGUAUGCACUAUGCAAGGUUGUCAAUAAGAGAGAAGAAUAUGAGAGACAGCGUGAGCUUCAUGAGCGUCGCCGUGUGUCGAAGCAGACGUCAACGAAGAUGAAGGAGAUUGAACUGAGCUGGGCAAUUAGCGACAACGAUCUCAAGGUCAAGACCAAGCAGUUGGUGAAUUUCCUCAGCAAGGGUAUGAAGGUGGAAGUUAUCCUAGGAUUCAAGAAGAAGGGCCAGAAGAAGAGAACCUCUGAGGAUACAGCGGAAGAGGUGUUUGCCAAGGUGCAAAAGCUCGUCAAGGAUCUUGGAUCAAAAGAGUAUAAGCCGAGAGAAGGUGAGAUCGGCCGUACUUUUAGGUUUUACCUUGAAGGUAUUUCCAAGAACUUGAAUACCGAGAAGCUAGCAGAGGCUGCUAAGGAAAAACCAGCCCCUGCACCGGAGGCAGAAGCAGAGGCAGAGGAGACUAGCGCAGAAAAGGAAGCAUAA